CAAGGGUAAGGCAAGCUUUCCAGACGACGACAGCUACAGAACUCUGCGUUGUUGGAAAGCAACAACAUGGCACAGAACGCUUUGAUCGUUCUUGCCGUUUUCUCUACUCUAGCAGCAUGGCCUGCCAGUGGACAAAAUACGAGAGAAAAUAUUAGAGACUUGCCUCCAAACUUUCUAGAGAACUUUAACAGAUGGGCUUCAUAUGAGUGGCGACCAAAGAAUAGUUCAUGUCUACCUGUUUGUGGCGGAACACGUACCAUACAGGUUACUUACCAGUGUUGGGCUACAACAGACGGAGGUGUAUCACUGUAUGUACAAGACGGUUGGUGUGGAAGCGAAUUAUCUGAGACCAAACCCAAGGCUUUCACAAUAGACUGUUCUACAGAGGAAACAGCUUGCUGUCCAUUGAAUCAGAAAACGUUGAUUCAUGGGCACUAUGCUCCCUGUCUCCAGGCGUGUGGUGGAAAUCAAAAACUGAUAGGGACCGAUCAAUGUCUUGUAUAUAGCGACUGUAUCACUAGCCAACGGUUUCAAACUAGUGAGUGUGAUCCAACUUUUAGGUUCAGCGAAACUUGUGGAAGAGACCUUAUUUCAACCUGCAGUACAUACUCAUGGAUAGCUUUGGGUGAAUCCAAAAACAAUGCGUCAUGUGGUGCGAUUAGAGGGACAUAUCCUGAAGUUAAAUGUCAAGUGGGCAUCUUCCUAAGGAAGGAGGAGCCCACCUCAGUCUUUGUGCCAGAUACAGAGUGUAUAGCAUUGGGACGACUAACUCUACAACAAAAAGAAGAAACAGCAAUAGAGGAUAAAGGAACAAUACAGUGUGUCUAUAUGCCUAGAGAAUGGAGUGCAUGCAGUGCCACUUGUGGUGAUGGUACAAGACAAAGAGAAAGGCGUUGUGUUCAGAUAAUAAAUGGCAUUGAAACGGGAGUUGAUUUUGAUGAAUGUGCCAAAGAUCCAAGUGUUGUCGUUCAGCCACGAGUAGAGACUGAAAGUUGCAGAAUAAGAGAUUGUGUAUGUGAAGAGCCCUACUAUUCUGCUGAGGAUUUUGGUCCCUGUUCAGCAACAUGUGAAGGCACGCAGACUCGUAAUAUCAGAUGUGACUGUCGUGUGGAAGGUGUGAUACGACAAGAAAACAUGAGCGUAUGUCAAGCACUGACUACUGGUCCUUUUCCAGCAACAGAGAGACCAUGCAACGAUAUUCCAUGUCCAACUUACCAUUAUAGAGUUGGGAGUUGGGGAGAUUGUGACUCAACUUGUGGUGCUGGCCAGCGCCGCCGUCCAGUCCAGUGCAUCAAGACACAAGGAGCUGUUGUUACUGUUGUACCUCUGCAAGAGUGUAUUGAUAAUGGUGCAGGUCAACCACCCACUGAUUUUGAAAACUGUAACAGCAGGUGCAGAUAUCAAGUCUUUCCAUAUCAAGAGUGUUCAGUUACAUGUGGAGGAGGAAUCCAAACAAGACUCGUCUUCUGUAUUAGAACAACUGAUACUGGAAGUGAAAGAGUGACUUUGGCCGAAUGUGCUAAUGAUCCCACCAAUACCGAAGCUUUACCAGAUACUGAACAAGCUUGUAAUGAGCAGGAAUGUCCAUGCUUGAAUCCUCGAUGGCAGCCCAGCGUGUGGUCAGACUGUUCUCUAACGUGUGGAAAUGGAACACGAACAAGGACUGUGGAGUGUCGUUGUUUCAUUAGUGGACAGGACACGGUCGCCCCAGAUGAGAAAUGCGAAGGCCAGAGGCGUCCUCAUCUGAGAGAGAACUGUUACACACGUUGUCCUUGUGUUGAUCCUCAAUAUGUGGCUCUCCCAUUUGGUCCAUGUGACAAGACAUGCGGUAGUGAUACAUUUAGAAAACGAGACUUGGAAUGUCAUUGUCAGAGGGGAGAAGAAGAGGCAGUCGAGGACAUAGAACUGUGUGACAACAGAAUUCCAGAACAGAAGCCUGUUGUAGUUGAACCGUGUGAGCUUGGUGAUUGUCCAUGCACUAAUGAUACCAUCAGAUAUCUCUACACCAGGUGGGGUGAUUGUGACAGAGAAUGUGAAGGUACAAAGAGACGAAAGGUCCAAUGUCGCUGUGAAAAAGAAAAUGUAGACAAGUGGGUUGAUGACGAGAUUUGUGUGGGAUAUCUUGGUCAAGCUCCAGUUACCAGUGGGAAAUGUGAACCUCCAUGUAUAGCAAAUUGGACAGUGAGAAGCUGGACUGCUUGUUCAAAGUCAUGUGGCCAAGGAACCAAGACAAGGGUAGUUGUGUGUGAGGUAUUUGCCAAUGGCAGACUGGUUGAUCGAGGUAAUGAUUCACAAUGCAUUGGUGCUGACAAACCCAUUGAAAGGAUGCAGUGUACGGGUGCAGUAGCUGAAGACAAGGCUGUGUGGAUGACCUCAGGCUGGACCACAUGUUCCAAUACAUGUGGAGUUGGAGUAAAACAUCGUCAAGUGAGGUGUGUCAACAAAUGCACUGGACAGCAAAGGCGUAAAAGACAUUGCCUCCCAAACAAGCCUUAUCACAAAGUUGGAUGCAAUUUGAUCCCAUGUGAUCGUAGCAAGUGUGUAGACAGGCGCAAUGGAAUCUACUGCGACAUGGUACUACGCUUCGGUAUGUGUGAAAACAUCAAGUAUCACCGGGACUGCUGCCAGUCAUGUGUCAACAGUUUGCUGGGGAAACGUUAGCUCAGCUCAUGACGACAAAGACCACGUACUCCCGAGAUCAUUUCUUGCUUUUUCCCCCGAUAUUGUUCAUGUUGUUGCAGUGGAUGUUUGUUUGAUUGAAGUAAGGAAGUAUUAGUAGUCCUCGUCUUUCAGCUUUCUAGACACGUUUGCACACUAGUCAACAUUUUCUAGAUGACUGAGUUUUGUUGACUUUGUCAUCCGCAGCAAUUACUUCUGAGAUGCUGACGUCAGCCAUGAUGUUGACGUCAGCCAUGAUGUUGACGUCACAACCUAGUCUAGAGCUCCUGUGUAGGUUCACUAGAUCAACGAAUGUUGCACACAAUCAGAACAACGUGUAAUUGUAGCAUGUUUGAA